AUCAGCUGUUUGUUGUUGACGAUUGGAGCUGGUUGUGUGGUUUGCAUUAAUUCAAAACAUACGACCAACAGCAUAAGAAACUAUAUGUCUACGACUUGCUAGUAAUUAUAUUUAAAAGGCAACCUAGGUUUUGCUAUUCUUGUGAAAUCAACAAUUGCACAUGUUAAUAACAGUCACUCUGGGCAACUUUAUUACAAAUAUAUCCAGAUUGAACCGCUGUAAUUUAAUAAGAAAAAAUCCAAAGGACUAACUUAAAGAGCAAAUAAUGGGUAAUGAUCGAUCUGGGAGCUGCAGAAGAAGGAUGAAAAGAUGGACCCCGGCAGAAGAGAUUUGUUUCCUCGAUUCGUGGGGCAAAAGAGCCGAGCAACUUAAGCGAAGCAAAAAGAAUUCUAUUGUUUAUAAAGAAAUGCGAGAAGACCUCAGAAAUCGUGGUUUUUACGUUGAAACAAUGGACAUAAAAACAAAAAUAGAUACUUAUGUUCGUAAGUUCAGAGCCGAACGAGCAAAAAAUGUGACAUCCAAGUGGAUUCACUUCUCAAAGGUGGGUCAAAUACUGGACUCAAUGGAUGUAAGCAUGGUCAGCCGACUUCAUAGCGCCCAUGCAGAUUAUAACGAACAUACCAGUUUUAACUCCGUUUACAUUGAGGAAUGUGAUUCAAUGAAGCUUGCCGAAAAUGACAAAUGCUGCGCCGAAGAGUUUGUUAUAGAGCCUUAUUUUCCCAAUAUUACGUCGCUAGACCAUUCCCGUAACGAUGACGACUGUCAGCUUAACCAAAGUCGCGUAUCUUCUACAGUAUUGGACGAAAAAUACUUUAAAAAUCACGACUAUGAGUUUGGCCAGCUUGUGGCGAAGGAGUUGAAUGGCUUGGACGAAGACAUUCGUGUUGAUUCCAAAAGAAAAAUAUUCAACAUCUUGUGCGAUGCAAAAAUGCUACAAAUUGAUCGAAACAAAUAAAAAUAUAUAAUGUUAAUAUUUAAAAUUAAUAAGUU